CGUGCAAUUAAACUGCCCGACGCUCCAGCAUGCAUUUCUAGCCCCCUUGUUGGACGCUUGGGAACUCUGAAAGCUCGCUGAAGCCUCAGGUUUCAGCUGGCGAAUGCCGUGACAUCACUUGUACUCCUCCAUUCGCUAGCCCAUCACUGUGCUUUUCCUGAGGGUAUCCCUGAGCAGCCAGACGCUCCGCUCCGCACAACGACUACAACUCGGUAUCCAUCCGACAUGCCUGGAUUGUAUUCUUCGUCGCCGUCCCAUCCGCGGGACUAUCUGGACCAAGUCCGUCGCUUCUCGUUUGCGCCUGAAACCACGGGGCGCCAGGUGAUCGACUCGGAUAGCCACGAGACCCGCAAGCGUUCUCACUCUCGCUAUGGCGACCCGUCCGCUACACACUCCUUUACAACACACCUCUGGGGCGACUACGACGCUCGCUUCACCACAAAGAGCCCUCCUCCGCUUGCCCACGACCGCUACGAGCUCGCUGGGGGUGACGUAGGAGGGACGGACAGAUUCUCCCGUCAGGCUGGAGACUACGACGACUACUUCCAACUCCAGAAGCAGCGCGAUAUGUGGUCGGUGCCACCUACGCCUCAGGCCGGCAUGCCGAAUCAGCGUGUCGUUAUCGACGACGACGACGAUGACAUGUCAACAGCCAAUGGGGGCAUGGUCAACUCGCUCAUGAGCAUCUUUGGAGGCGUGGCCGGCAAGCUCUUCCAAUUCGUCACCGUACCUUUCCGCGGAUUCCAAGCAGGAGGCGGACAGCGGUACGGCUUCGACGCACAGGACGAGAUCGCCGCGAAACUAGGGCUCCACGACGACCCGUCUCUCCACCAGACAGCCACCCCAGUCCAGCAACCCACCCCCACACCCUCCUACAACGACAACUACGGCGUCCAAUCCGUAGACUCCCUCGACAACGAACGCCCGCGGACAAUCAAACGCCUCCGAACAGGCGACACAUGGGUCGUCGUGAACCCCAACGGCGACACCGAGUCCCGCCCCUCCACACCGCGCGUCGCCGAACGCCGCCUCCCCAGCGCCUCGCACACGCCCUCGCAAAUCCCCCGCCCGACGUCCCGCCCCAGCACAGUCUCCAAACGCCCCUCCCUCAUCCCCGUCUCCCGCCGCUCAACCAUAGACCGCAAGCCCUUCCACGCAUCCCCCAAGACAGCAGACAUCAGACAGCGCGCCCACAGCCGUCUCAGCCUCGGCUCCUCGCCUCCCACCAUCGAUAUCAAGCCGAAGAGCCCCCUGCCCGUCGAGAGCCAGCGCUUGAUCAGCAAGGUCAGACAGGAGGAACUCGAGGACGAUGCGAGAAUGCGCAGGAUGAGCAGCCAGAUGAGCGCCAUGCUGCGCGAGGCGAGGGAGGCGCUGGGCAGUAAAAUCGAUAUCGAUCUUGAUGAUGAGGAUAUGGACUUUGAGCGCCCGAGUAGUGGCGCUUUUAUGUUUUCUUGAGGCUUGCUUGCUUGUGUGCAAUGCUUCAGUUGUUUCUUUGCCCCCCUUUUGUCCGGAUAUCUUCCCAUCUGUUUCUUUUCUUUUCUUUUCUUUUAGUCUUCUUUUUUUGGUACACACGAAACUCAGACACGUGGUGUUUAUAAUCUUUUUCGUAACGAGGGCUUUUGGCGUUUUUUGCGAGGGCGUGCUUGGUUAUACCCGUACUACCGGCCUGGCAACGGCAAGGCAAGGCUACAAUUUUGCGCUUUUCUUUUGGGUUUGAUAUGGUGGGAUGGGAUGGUGUUGGUGUUGGUGUUGGAUAUGGUAGAUUGCUUUGCACAAGAAUCUGAAUCUGAAU